AUGUCAAAAAGCUUUACAAUCCUUAUCCACCACUAUCCCCCUCCUCCUCUCCUCCAACUCCGUCUCCACCGCGAUCUCCUCCUACUCCCAGAGGACCCAGACUCAGGCGCCGGCGACAAAAACCUCUGCCGUUGGCUUUACGACACCUUCCAAUCCACGGAGCCUCCUCUCCAGCUCCUCGUCCCUCUAGUCGCCGGACUCUACCUCUCCCGCGUCCCUCUCCGGCAACCACAGGCCGGAUUCGAAGCCGUGUUGCUCGCACGUGCCGGUCAGGCGAUAACCGUCAACAUCAUCCUCGAUCUCUCUCACUCUACCGUUAUAUCGAUCCGCACGGUACGGUUCGAUCACCCCUGCGCGAAGAUUUUAGGAGUUGCGUUGGAGCUUUAUUAUAGUAAGAUCACGUGGAUGUCACGUGAGUCUAAGCUUAAUUUCUGUGAGUCGUGUGAGAAAUGGGCGGGGACAGAACGGGGAGACGGUGGUCCCUGA